AUGCCUCCAGCCAACGAAGGUGAUACGCAGAUCGCAGAGUCGUCCUAUCCGGCACACCUCCUGUUCUGUCCUACGAACCUGGAUUACUCAAACGCGCGUCUGGAAGCACAAGACUUAUUCAUUCGGCAUCUUCCAGAGGGGUUCAUAUCCUCUAGAGUCGAGCUCAAGCGCUUUCGAAACCAGACUACGUUCGCGUGCCGCCUUCCGGCAGAGGUCAUUUGCACCAUCUUUGCGCUGUCCGCGCCAGAAUCCGGGUGGCCUCGGCUUACCAGACGACGACGGAACACUCCGGACGGGGAAGAUACGGCGCUGACAGUACGCGAGAAGUUCAAGAUGGACUUGGGUUGGGUGGCCGUUACGCAGGUGUGCUCCCGUUGGAGAGAGGUCGCAUUCAGUGCCUCCAUGUUGUGGACGCAUCCCAGUGACUAUCUCGCGCUCCCGCCCUCCAUGGCAUCUCUGAUUCGGAGCAAGUCCCGCGGACUGCCCUUUCACCUGGAACUUUCGGCAUUCGGUCUUCGCUAUCUCAGGCGGAUCGGGGGAAGGGCACGCUUACCCGCGCCAGUUGUUCCUAUCGUGGAACUCAGGAUAUUGCUCUUCACCGUUGAAGACUUCGACUUAUUCGAACGAAACUACUUCCCUUUCGGCUCAUUCGCGACCCUGCGCCGCUUGAGCGUAGCCAUAGAUCUGAUGGGGGAUGAAGAGCCGCUGCUGCUCCCUGAAAAUCUAUGUCUCAGCCCGCUCACGGCAGAGUUGGACCUCUACAACUGUCUCCCUCCCCGUUGGGACACUCCUAUGUUUGGCGCGCAACUGACCCACCUUACGCUGUCAUAUGGUUGGGAACUUGAUGUCCCCGAGGCUUUGCCGACCCCACCAGACUUCUCAAGGAUCUUGGCUUCGUCCACUUCGCUCGAGGUCCUUAAUCUCGACAACAUCUUCCCGGUUGUCAGUCCCGCCGCCGCCUAUCCACCCAUGGUCGUAUCGCCAACGCUGCAUUCCAUGUGCAUCUUCAGUUGGGACAACAUGUUGCACCACCGCGAUAGCUUGAUCUUUCUGGGACAUCUGAAGCUUGGUCGUCGUGACAUGCAUGUCGAUGUCGCCCUUAGCGACUUUCCAGAAAGCGACAUGGUUGACGCAGAUACUACCCAAGAUUACCUGUCUCUCAUCUCUUCGGCUAUCGGCAACAUCUGUCGGCAACAAAAUCCCGCAAAACACCUCACCCUGGGCUCGCGCGCGUUUCUUGCGCACGAUUCCGACGAAUCGAGAUCGGAAGAGCGCGCUUGGCCCAUAUCUGUGCUGCACCAUAUGCACGACGACAUUCCCGGCAUCACAUCCCUCCUUUCCUUCAGCUUCCCUCUCCGCGCCGUUGCCGAUUCGUCGUCCUGGCACAACGGCUCUAUAGCCAUUCCCCUCCAAGAUCUCCGAUCGAUCUCUUUCGAGUGCACGGCAGCAAGGGCAUACCUGGAGAGCGAAGUGUGGUGGCUCGCGUUCGAAACGGCUCGGAAGGUUAAUCGUAUCAGUAUCCCCGCCGGCGACUGUGCAAUGUUGCUGCCUCUCUUCGAGCGCGUUGCAGAGAACGAUCCCGCGUUCGCUAUCUUUCCUGAGCUCAAGAUCGUGCACAUCCGCGUUGAGGAUCCCUAUACCGCCGAUGAUCUCGAUCUGGGCGAUCUGGAGCACGCGUACGCGGCAAGCCUCUUCGCUCUGCACUUCCUCAUCCGCGUUAGGAGACAGCAUGGAGCAGCAUUGACAUCGCUUGUCGUUGACGAAGCUUUGAAGGGAUGGGAGAUUUGGUCCACGAUCGAAGCGGAUGUACCUGUGACUUUUUACGCGUUCUACUCCGACGACCGGUUCCAGACCUGA